AUGGCUACCGAGGCAGACGAAACGUCCACGCUCUACAAGAGUAUCAAUGAGGAGUACAAGAUCUGGAAGAAGAAUUCGCCCUUCCUCUACGACCUUGUCAUCACCCACGCCCUCGACUGGCCUUCCCUCACUUGCCAAUGGCUGCCAGACAAGGAGACCCCUGCCGACAAGGACUACACCGUCCACCGCCUCCUCCUCGCUACCCACACCUCGGGCGAGGACAACAACUACCUCCAGAUCGCGACUGUCCACCUGCCGAAGCCUCAAGCCGAGCUGAGCCUCGACAAGUACGACGAUGAGCGCGGAGAGAUUGGCGCGCACACCGCUACCGAGCCUCGCGUCCAGAUCACGCAGUCGAUCAACCACACCGGCGAAGUCAACCGCGCCCGCUACAUGCCUCAAAAUCCCGACCUCAUCGCGACCAAGACGGUGAUGGGCGACGUCUACGUCUUUGACCGAACGAAGCACCCGAGCCAGCCGAUUGGCAACGAGUGCAAGCCCAACAUCACGCUGAGGGGUCACUCGAAGGAGGGAUACGGCCUGUCGUGGAACCCGCUCAAAUCCAGGGAGGGACAUGUGCUGAGUGCGUCGGAGGACACGACCGUCUGCCACUGGGACAUCCGUGGUUAUACGAAGGGCAAUUCGUCGAUGGACCCGCUCAACGUCUACCGAGGGCACACCGCGAUCGUCGAAGACGUCGCGUGGCACAACCUGCAGGAGGACGUCUUUGCGUCGGUCGGCGAUGACCGCAUGCUGUUGCUGUGGGACACGAGGGGCCAGCAGGGCGCGAUGAAGCCGACGGCACGGGUGCAGGCUCACGAGGCGGAAGUCAACGCCGUCGCUUUUGCGCCGCACAACGAGAACAUCCUUAUCACCGGUUCGGCGGACAAGACCGUCGCGCUGUGGGACUUGCGCAACCUCAAAUUCAAGCUUCACACGUUCGAGUCGCACCAAGAAGAGGUUCUCCAGCUCGCCUGGUCUCCCACGAACGAGACCAUCUUCGCGUCCGCAUCAGGCGACCGACGGAUCAACCUGUGGGAUGUCAGCAAGAUUGGGCUCGAGCAGACGCCCGAAGAUGCCGAAGACGGUCCGCCCGAGCUCAUGUUUGUGCAUGGAGGACACACGGCGAGGCCGACGGAUCUGGCGUGGAGCCCGAACGAGCCCUGGACAUUGUGCAGCGCGGCGGAGGACAACGUGUUGCAGAUCUGGACGCCGAGCAGCACCCUCGCCAACGCCGAGCCCGUCGUCGAGGAGAUCGAGCUCGAGUAG